CGGAGUCUGGAGCUCCGCGGGGCCCAGCGGAUGCGCACUGGUCCCGGACUCCCCCCGCGCGUCUCCCGUGUCCCUCCCGUGUCCCUCCGCACUCUCCUCCUCUGAACUCGCAGGUGCGUUUGUUUACAUGCUCCUGAGGGCCCAAAAGAGGCGAAAACACUCCGCUUUGGCCCCUCUCCACAGGCACAGUGCUGGACUGUACCACCGCGCGCGCAGAGGAGGGGGUUUCCACGGAGACGCUGUUCUUGGUUUUACGCACAAACUGCGCACGCGGCCAGAGGCUUUACAGCCCGAACGAGCAGAGCAGCGUCUCAUCUGAUCCUUUUAGGAAAAUAAUCCAGAAUAAAGCACGUGUUUUACUUUGAAAUUGAUCCAAUCUCCAAAACACUUUGGCGACCCCUACAACUCCAGUGCGCGCGUCUCCUCGUCUGCAGCUUGUGACUGACCGCUCCAUAUUUUCGCUCCUGGUGGAGAAAGGAGAAAAAACAAGUCUUAGGGGCAGAGUGGAGGAGAAAGAAACGGAGAGAAGAGCGUGUAUCAGGAGGAGGCGGAUCAACUGAACACGCGGCUGGACCGACGCUGGGACAACAGUUUAGGACACGUCCAACCCGCGCGCACUCGGGACCAGACUCGUGUUUGUGAGCGCGGCUCCGCAGAGGAAGUGACAUCAUGGCGACAGAGAUGCAGGAAGUUGCCAUCACAGAAGACAAGCCUUUACUCACGGGUCAGGCCGACAGCACCAAGGAUGCAGAGUUGGCCGCCAGGAUCCUGUUGGACCAAGGACAGGAGCACAACAUCGAGACGCCUCAUGGAGUUCUCCACGUGACGGUCCAAGGAGCUCGGAGCUCUCGACGUCCAGCCAUCCUGACCUGCCACGACGUGGGACUGGACAGUAAGAGCUGUUUCUCGACGCUGUUCCAGUUUGAGGAGAUGCAGGAGAUCGUGAAGAGCUUCACCCUGAUCCACAUCGACAUCCCGGGGCAGGAGGAGGGCGCCACCGUCUUCCCCGUCAGUUAUCAGUAUCCCUCCAUGGAGACGGUCGCAGAGAUGAUUCCUCCAGUUCUGCAGUUUUUCAACUUCCAGACUGUGAUCGGGAUUGGAGUCGGAGCAGGAGCCUUCAUCCUCUCCAAGUACACACUGGCCAACCCGGACUCGGUGGAGGGUCUGGUUCUGGUCAAUAUCGACAUCAACGACAGAAGCUGGAUCGACUGGGCCGCUCAGAAACUGAGUGCAGUGACUCAGUCUCUGACGGAGCAGAUCAUGACCCACCUCUUCAGUCAGGAGGAGCUGUCGUCUCAGACGGAGCUCGUCCAGUUUCACCGAGACAGAAUCAACAAAGCUCCUCAUGUGGCAAAUAUAGAGCUGCUCUGGAAGUCCUACAACAGUCGCAGUCAACUCCACCUGGACCGGAACAACUCCUUCAAGUGUCCGGUGAUGCUGGUGGUUGGAGACCAGGCCCCGUAUGAAGAAGCUGCUGUGGAGUGCAACAGCAAGUUAGACCCGACCACCACCUCCUUCCUCAAGAUGGCUGAUGCCGGGGGUCAGCCUCACAUCACUCAGCCGGCGAAACUGACGGAGGCCUUCAAGUACUUCAUCCAGGGCAUGGGCUACAUGGCCUCGUCCUGUAUGACGCGCCUGUCCCGCUCACGCACCACCUCCAUGUCCUCCUCUUACUCCAUGGACGGAUCGCGGUCCCGCUCGCGCACGCUGUCCCAGGGCUCGCAGGGAGGCCAGAUGCCCCCCAGCCCGUCCCAAACCAUGGAGGUGUCCUGCUGAAGACGCCAGACCGACAGAGAGAGAGAAGGGAAAGAUGAGCAAACACCACAGUCAAAUACAGAAUCAGGAGCUUUUUUUUGUCACUAAACAGCCACCGUCACUCCCCCGUGUAGCGCCGACGCAGACGGGGAGGGGGAGGAGCCGCCGCGUGUUUGUAGUCCGUCUGAUUUACGUUUGUAGUCCAUUUCAAGCGGACUGGAAAUGGAAAAGCGGCGUCCUCCCUCGCUCCGUCUGCUGCAGCCCGUAAACCAAUGGAGCCCUUUAAUCUACAAAGGGGCGUUACUUCUAAACAGACCACGCCCCUUUUAAUAACUCUGCGUCUGACAGAUUAUUGUUGAAAAAAUGGACGUAACACUUUUCUCUUUCUGAGUUUGAAGCUACAGAUAAAACUAUAGCAGAUACUUAUAUUAAUAGAACUGUGUUUGUCGAAUACUUUAAAGUACUUUUACUUCAUAUUAAUACAUUUGUUUGAUUUGAAGUUUGUUUCCAGCCUCACAAAGAGGUUGAACGCUACUGAUUGGCCGAUGAGCUGAAGCUAGCAGCCAAUAAGAGCCAUUGUUUAGCGACUACUUCCUCGUCGAUGUUGUUUCCGUCUUCCAUUGGCCCCGUCUGUGUCGUCCCACGAGGAGGAGGACGUCCCUUCUGAAUAAAAGACAGUUUUCUAAAUUAUGAGUAAAAAGUAGAAAUAAACUAAUGGAUUUUCAUAGGUGAUGGAAAAGUUUGUGUUUUUAGAAUCCAGUGAAGCUCGUGUCAUUUCUGAAGGCGAUAAGGAACAUUUUGAAUCUACCAAAUUAUGUAAUCAUUUUUAACAAUCACACUGGGUUUGUUGCGUCAAAUAGACACGAUGUUUGUGCGUCUGUGUCGCUCCAUCGUCCAGGUCCAGGUCUGCAACAACAUCCAGUCUGUCACCAGUAAAUUUAAACUGAAGAGGCUGUUUGUCCAAGAGGUUUCUCCAGCUCUGGUCAGAUUCCUGCUGGACACUGAACACACCUGUUGGUCUAAUGAGUGACCUGUGCCGUGGUCAUAUUUGUCGUGGUCAUUCAAACCUUAAUCUGACCUGAACAAACCUCCUGGACAAAACCAAACGUCUUCAGUUUAAACCUUUUGACAGAUUUGAUUUUUUCACAUUUGAAACUUAAUAAUGUUUAGAUGUUGCAGUUUAUGGAGCAGUAUUGACUUUUUAAACGUCACAAUUUAGAAAACUGCGUGGGGGCGGGGCACUUCUCGUUUUGCUCGUUCUGAACAGUUUGAAACAGUUUGUGAAUAUUGACUGGAUUUUUUUCUUUUUUUAUUCAAAUUUUUGAUGUUUAUGUGAGCGUGUGAGAAAAUAUCGAUUUGUUUUGCUUGGAGGGUGUGAGAAGCUGCAUUUAGCAAGUUAGCGUAAAGGCGAAGGUGCGCUUGAGAGCUAGCGUAGCUCUGAACUUGUUUUGAUUCUAGUCGUACACUAAAUAGUGCUUCCACAACUGCUGGAGGUCUCACACUGCACACCCCGAUAUCCACGCUGGUGCACCACUCAAAUUAACACAGGAGACACCUAGCAAACGCGCUAACUAGCGUGGAUAUUUAGCGUCUGCAGUGCUGGCCUUGACCAGAAGGAGUCACUGUGUUUUAAAUCCUUCUGGGGUGUUUUUUUUUACCUCCAAACAAACCCAGCUGCGUGUGCGACUUUACAGAGGGGCAAACUAAUAAACAGGCCUGACGCAGCUAGCUAGCAGCUAAAGAGGCUAAUGCUAAUUGUUUUUGUUCAUGUGUAACGUGUGAGAGAGGGUUAAUGCUAAAGCUAAUUAAAGCUAGUGUGUUAGAAGCACAAAUAAAGCAGCACUGAGGAUGGAAGGCCAGGGUCUUUCAAAACGAGACAAAUUUACUGAUAAAACUCGGCCCUUUUCACUGCCAAAAUAUAAAUUAGACCAACUGUGAUAUUAUUUUAUACCAAUGAAGCGUUAAACUGCCAACAUCAAACCUUUUAUACAAUUUGAAUUCCACUGUGAGCUUUCGACGUGACUCUAAAUCGUUUUUCCACUGAAGCUGAGCACUGCCCUGUGACUCGGGGUUAAUCGGACCCGUACCCCAGGAUUGCAUGCGUAUUGUUGUAUCUUAAAUGCAGUAUUUUCUUUUUCCCUUGUCUUGCUAGUUAGGCUAGCCACGUAGCCCGCUAGCUUUAGGUUUUUGUCAAGUGAUCCUUUCUUAAACUCACAUUAUUCCUGAUAUUGCACGAUCUUCUCUUUAAGUUCAGAUUCAGGUGUGAGUCAUAAAAAUGGCACUAAAGAGAUUAAUUUAAACGUUUUCAGCCGUCGCAUUGGAAACGUCUGACGUGUACCAAAAGUGAGCAGUUGGGGGCGCCAGUGAUACAAAUAUUAUGUGACAGAUACAAUCAAGUUUUUCAGACUCAAAAUGUUUUAAAGCUGCGCUGUGUAACUUGUCUAUUAGCGUUCGUCUCCAUGGAGAUGUUAUUGUUUUGCCUCGAAUGUUCACCCUGAACUUUGUCUCUGAGCGGGGUCGCCUCUCCACAGAUCUGAUCUAUAAUUUAGUGUCACCUGGUUGAUAAGUUUAACAUCAUGGGAACAUUAAAGGCAAAGUAAUAAAACGUCCACAGAGACCAGCAGGUGGCGCUCAGAGCACAGCACAUCUUUAAAUCAGUACAAAACAGUUUGGUGGAUAUUUGUGCGGCGCUUUAGACCCGACAACACGAUAAAAUCAUGAACCUUCACUCACACGGCGCUCGUUUGAUCCUAAAACCGUCUGUACCAUCGUGUCCUACGCCCUGGAAAAGUUUAGAACAUUCUGCCAAAUAUUGAAUCUCGACAGGAGCCAGAAAGUGAAGUUUUCCAUUUUCUUUAGACAAAAUGGCGACACGUCUCUGUGUGAACGAGGUUGAGACAAAAUGGCGACGCGUCUCUGAGUGGAGCGAGGCUGAGACAAAAUGGCGACGUGUCUUUGUGAGGGGAGUGAGAUUGAGACAAAAUGGCGGUGCGUCUCUGUGUGAACGAGGUUGAGACAAAAUGGCGGCGCAUGUCUGUGUGAACGAGGUUGAGACAAAAUGGCGGCGCGUCUCUUUGUGAGGGGAGCGAGGUUGAGACAAAAUGGCGGCGCGUCUCUGAGUGGAGCGAGGCUGAGACAAAAUGGCGACGUGUCUUUGUGAGGGGAGCGAGGCUGAGACAAAAUGGCGGCGCAUGUCUGUGUGAACGAGGUUGAGACAAAAUGGCGGCGCGUCUCUUUGUGAGGGGAGCGAGGUUGAGACAAAAUGGCGGCGCGUCUCUGAGUGGAGCGAGGCUGAGACAAAAUGGCGACGUGUCUUUGUGAGGGGAGCGAGGCUGAGACAAAAUGGCGGUGCGUCUCUUCGCGAGGAGAGCGAAUUAGAGACGAAACGGCGGCACGUCUGUGUGAGGGCAGCAAGGUUGACACAAAAUGGCGGCGCGUCUCUGAGGGAGCGAGGUUGACACAAAAUGGCGGCGCGUCUUCGUGAGGUUGUGCGGUUGUGUCCAUUUUGUUUUCUUCACAGUUGUUCCUGGAUUAUGUUUUCUCUUCAUGUUUUGCGUUUCUUCUAUAAAUUGUUCUCGUCUGUGUGUUCAGACUUUAGAUAAACGUGUGAUAGUUCUUGUGUAACUUUUUUAGCAUUAGCGCUGAUGAAGGAGAAGAAUAAUAUAAAAAUUAAAUAUUAAUAAUAAUUGUAAUAGGAAACAAUCAGAUUUAUUUGUGUGGCUUUUUUUUCUGUGUUAACACAAUGAUCAUCCUGAAGAAGCAACUUAAAUAUUAAUAAAAACUUACAG